AUGAAAUCUUUAGACAAACGUGCUCAUAAUAUUACAAGGGUGUCUCCUCUUGCAAGCCCCAAAAAUAUAAAUUUAAAAAAUGAAAAAAAGAAUAACUCAACUGAUAAAGGCAAUCAUUGUAUAGUACAUAAAGAUGAAGGGAAGAACAAACUGAAAACUAACAUAAAAGAAAUUUCAGAUAAAAAUAUAAUAAACCGAAAAAUGAAAGAAAAAUAUAUAAAUAAAGAAAACGAAAUAAUGAUAACUAGCGAAGGAAAUAAAAAAAAAAAAAUAAUAAAUAAAAAUUGUCCUAGUACUAUUAUCAAUAUGGAAAAAGACGAUUUAAAUACGAACAAAUUAUCACCACAUUUUAUGGAAAGUAAUAGAAAUAACUUAGAUACAAAUUUAUCAAAAAAAAGAGCAAAUAUAAAUAAAAUAAAAAAUUCAAAAAAAAAUGAAGAAUAUCAUAGAGCCAAAACAGAUGAUUCCAGAGGAAAGACAAAAAAUGAUAGUCUUAUAUAUGAAAACAACAAAAGAGAAAAAACUAAGAAAAGUAAAAGUUUUCAUACAAUUAACUAUCGUAGUGAACAAAAUACUUUUUUGACUUCUUCUUAUUCCUCUAUUUGUAAUGAUGAUGUUUUAGGACCUUAUUAUGAAACAGAUAUAAAUAUAGAAAAUCGUUGCGAAGGAAUUAAUGAGCUAAAUAAAAAAGAAAUAGAAAAUAUAAAAAAUAAGAUCUUAAAUAAAUAUAACAAUUUAACUAGUGAAUAUAAUAAUAAGUUACAAAUGAUGAUUUAUAGUAAUAUGAAUAAAACUUUAAAUAUAAAACUCGACAGAGAGGGUAUAUACACUUUUAUGAAACUUGCAUAUAAAUGUUCUGACUAUAAAUAUGCAAUUGGGUGUGCAAUAUUAUUAUUAUUAGACAGAUUGAAAAAUCAACAAAUCGAAUUAAAAGAGAUAGAAAAAGAAGAAAUCGAAAAUACAAUAAAUUCGUAUAACUAUUAUAACAUUAUGUCAUAUAAAUACGCAUUUAGGAUCUUUUAUAAAAAUUAUACAUUAUUAUUAAAAGGAAAAAAAUUUGAAGAAAAAAACGAGUUUCCAAACAACUGCACAAAUAGCCCCACAAUAUUUGUAAAAAAAAAUAUAUGCAAAAAUAUUCGAUUUAAAAUAAAAAAGGAAUUUUUACUAAAUUGUGAAGUUAUUAUAAACAUAGUUAAUUGUAUAAUUUCUACAAUAGCAAAUGAAGAUAAAAAUAAAAUUUUUUAUAUCCAUUUAAAUGCAAAUCAAUAUAAAAUUGUAUCAAAUAUAACCGAUACUGGUGUGAAAUAUAAAUAUGAACAGCUAGCUAAGCAUGCAUAUAAAAAAGCGUUUGAAUUAGCAUCCAUACAUUUACAACCAAUAGAUAUUAAUUUUUUAAGUGUAGCUAGCCAUUAUAUAUAUUUUUUAUACUCUAAUUUAGAAUGUGAACAAAAAGCUUUAAAAAUAUGUAUAGACGUAUUUGAUAAAUCUUCGAAUCUUUUGGAUAAAAUAGAGGAUAAUAAACAAGCAGAUAAGUGCUCACGAAUUUUAAGCAAAAUGAGAUAUAAUAUAAAACGAUGGUCCAAAAAGCUAAACAAAAAUAGCAUACUUUUUUUAAAAAUUUAA